AUGCCAAAACGCUCUAAAAAAAGGAAGCUAAAGGAAAGAGCAGCACCUCCUCCUAUGAAGAAGGGCCAACCCAAAUCCUUAAAGAGUGGUUCUGAUGUUGUGAAUGGAGCUGAAGCCCAAGAAAAUGAAACCUUGAUGGAGAAGAAGAAUGAAUUUGGAUACGAGGAAGAAUCCAAUUCGGAUGUUGAUGAUCCAUUUUCUGCUCCACAAGACAUUCUGAGAAGAAAUGGAGAAUUUGAAGAUUCUGAUUCGGCUGACUCUGAUGAUAUUGAGAAUAAGGCCAAAGCUAUUGACUUGGAAAGGGAAAGGGAGCAAAACGAUGCCAAUCAAGAAUUACAGACCAACAUUCUCGAACAAGAUGAGGUCGACUUCAGAUUUCCAACCAACCAGGAGCUUGAUGAAGAAGCCCUCAGACCGCCUGAUCUUGCUAAUCUCAAGUUUAGGAUAAGCUCGAUUGUUCGGGUGCUCUCCAAUUUUGAGGAUUUGAGACAGCAAGGAUUGACACGCAAACAAUAUGUAAAUCAGCUUGCGAGGGAUUUAGGUUCAUAUUAUGGGUAUAAUGAAUUUCUGAUUGGAACUUUAAUAGAGAUGUUUCCUGUUGCUGAGCUCAUGGAACUUAUUGAAGCUUUUGAGAAGCCCCGGCCUAUAUGUUUACGCACAAAUACCUUGAAAACUCGGAGGAGGGAUUUGGUUGGGGUGUUAUUGAACAGGGGCGUCAACUUAGAUCCAUUGGGCAACUGGUCAAAAGUUGGCUUGACUGUCUACAGUUCACAAGUCCCAAUCGGUGCUACUCCUGAGUAUAUGGCCGGUCAUUACAUGCUACAAGGUGCAAGUUCUUUCUUGCCGGUGAUGGCCCUUGCUCCUCAGGAAAAGGAAAAAGUUUUGGAUAUGGCGGCUGCUCCUGGUGGUAAAACAACUUAUGUUGCAGCACUGAUGAAAAAUAGUGGCAUUAUUUAUGCGAAUGAGAUGAAGACAUCAAGACUGAAGUCUCUUAGUGGAAAUUUGCACCGGAUGGGUGUAACAAAUACCAUAGUUUGCAACUACGACGGAAGGGAGCUGCCCAAGGUUCUAGGUCAAAGCACUGUUGACAGAGUUUUGUUGGAUGCUCCUUGCAGUGGCACCGGGGUUAUAUCUAAAGACGAGAGUGUCAAAACCUCAAAAACUGCACUCGAUAUAGAGAAUUGCGCACAUCUGCAGAAGCAACUCAUACUAGCAGCAAUUGACAUGGUUGAUGCAAACUCAAAAUCAGGAGGAUACAUUGUUUAUUCCACAUGCUCAAUUACGGUUGCCGAGAAUGAAGCAGUGAUAGACUAUGCGCUGAAGAAUAGGAAUGUUAAACUUGUGAACUGUGGACUCGAAUUUGGCCGUCCGGGGUUUAUCCGCUUCAGGGAACACCAGUUUGAUCAAUCCCUGGAGAAAACAAGACGAUUUUAUCCUCAUGUAAACAACAUGGAUGGAUUUUUUGUGGCAAAGCUGAAGAAAAUGAGCGAUUCAAAACCAACUUCAACAGCCAGUGAACCCAAAGGGGUAGUGGAUCGACAUGCUCAGCCAGUGGAAAGUGGUAACACAAAUAACGAGGAAGGAAAGAUCAAACAGUUCUUCAAGGAAAUGGUUACAGAGGAGAAUAACAACUUAAACCAAAAUACUAUUAAAGCUGGCAGAGUAAAUUCAUCAGGCACCAGGAAGAGGAAGCACAAAGAUGGCCCUUCCAAAGAGGAAACUCCAGAAACUAGGGAAAAAAGGAGACAAGUGUCUGGUGAAUCAAAGAGAAAAGCAAGGUUGGAAAAGCAGUCUACCAGAAGUAACAGGAAAAAGAGAACAGAAGUAUCCCAACAACCAAGAAUGGCAUUUGAUCCGAGACAAGUGCUGGCUGGAGUUUUAACUGUGACCAUGUUUGUCAUGCUUGGCAAUAUGAUCAAAAGAGACCAUUUUGAUUCCAUUCAGGUGAAUGAAUCUGGAAAUCCGUCUCUCCAUGGUAGCACAAAGGAGAAUCUUGUUAGCAUUGCAGAUGGAGGAGAUGGGCCUUGGAGGAAGAAUGAUGGAUCCACCCUCAAUCCUUGCUGGACUAAGCCUGUUCUAGAGGAAGUUGACCAGUCGCAAGGCUUUGUUACCUUCUCCUUAACUAAUGGUCCAGAAUAUCAUGUCUCUCAGAUCACAGAUGCAGUGGUGGUUGCAAGGUACCUACGUGCAACUCUUGUGAUCCCGGAUAUUAGGGGAAGCAAUCCUGGAGAUAAAUGGAACUUUGAAGAUAUCUACGAUGUUGAAAAGUUUAUCAAAAGCUUGGAGGGUGUGGUGAAAGUAGUAAAACGUAAACCUGCUGGAAUAUCAUCACGAGAUGUUGCAGUUGUCAAGGUCCCUAAUCUAGUUACUGAGGAAUUUAUCGCAGAAAAGAUUGAACCUUCGUUCAGGACAAACGGCCAUAUUAGGCUCGCGACAUAUUUUCCAUCAGUGAACAUGAGAAAGACCGAAGAAAACAGCAAGAUCAAUUCAGUGGCGUGUAUGUCAAUGUUUGGAUCCCUGCAUUUACAGCCUGCAGUUCGUGAAGUAGUCGACUCGAUGAUUGAACGUUUAAGGUCUCUAAGUCACAAGGCAAAUGGACAGUUCAUUGCGGUGGACCUGAGGGUUGAUAUAUUGGAGAAAAAAAGUUGUCAAAAUGGUGGUUCCGGAUCUAAGAGCUGUUAUGGACCGCAAGAGAUAGCAUUGUUUUUGAGAAAGAUUGGGUUUGAAAAAGAUACCGCUCUUUAUCUCACUCAGUCGAGGUGGGAUAGUAGCCUUGAUGGUCUCAAGGAUUUCUUUCCUAAAACUUACACCAAGGAAGGGAUAGUACCUGCUGAUAAGAAGGAGAAAUUCCUCGACACUGAAGGUUCCGAAUUGGAAAAGGUUAUUGACUUCUACAUUUCUUCUGAAAGUGAUGUUUUUGUGCCAGCCAUUUCCGGCCUAUUCUAUGCAAAUGUAGCUGGCAAGCGAAUUGCUUCUGGUAAGACUCAGAUCCUCGUUCCAGCAAAUAUUCCUGGUUCAACGGCUUCUCCUUCAAAGUUUACGUCCCAUUAUGUCACAAAAAGAAAUCACUUCGCAUACACUUGUUACUGCUAG